CAUAGCCGGAAGAUGCGACAUUAAUAUGGGAGCACGAGCAGUCUAAGAGCAAUAGCGGGAUGCAAGGAUGGCUGAUCUUCAGCUGGCGAUGCAAAGCACGUGGGGGGUAAGUCUUGGCCGACUGGACAACACUAGCAUCUCUGGCGAUAAUUGAUAAGAGCUGCAUCUGGAUCUUCUUUCAUCCAUCUUCAUUUUGAUUGUGUUGUUGAUGUCAGAAUGAGCCUGAGAUAUAUAUCCAGGCAUCCAUCGGAGAACACUGGCCGCGAGGAUGCAGCGAGUCAACAAAAACAACAACAACAACAACCACCACCAUCAAGAUGAGACUCAGCAUUUUCAUUCUAAUCUUUAAAAUACUAACAAAAUUCAGAAAAAAGAAAUGUCGCUCUCUUCUCCUCAACUCUCCCGUCGAAAUCAUCUACGAAAUCACCUCAUGGCUUCCUCCAGCAUCCAAGCUCUGUCUUGCCCUCACCUGCAAAUCCCUCCUGGCAGCCAUUGACGACUCCAAAGCCCUACGUCAGUCCCCCGAUUUCCAACUCAUCCAAAGCUCUCCGGACCCGUUUGCGAUGGAUAAGAACGAGGAUUACUGCAGCCAGCGAUUCUGGCUCUUGCAUUAUCUCGAGCGAGACACGCGGUACACCGGACUAUCCUGGCGUUUAUGUCACGAUUGUCUAAAGCUGCAUCCUCUCCACGAAUUCAGCAGCAAAGAACGGUGUGGCCUGGGCGUGCUGACAAGGGGAUAUAUCAAAGUCUGUCCAUGCUGGAGACUCACCAUCCGCGAGGUCCAAAGGAUCUUUGAAACAUUACACCAGGAUAAAACCCAAACCCUGCUCCUCCAUGAUUGCUCUCACAAAUGGUGGUCCUCACAAAUCAACCUCAAAGUAACAGGCUGUCUCAGCAACGACUCUCCCAAGCGUCUCAUCCUCGAAACAAACUUCGACCUGUACUGCACUUCUUUCCCGAAAUCCUUCAUGGAAAGCACCCAGCCCGUCUGCUCGGAAAACUUCCUCGCUCACUACCUGCGCGGCUACUUUAGCUCGGACACCCGUCCCAGCGCAAUCCGCGAUCCCAAGUCCAAGACAUGCAGACUCUGUCGCACUUCAGUAACCUGUCUCCAGCAUGAUAAGAUUAUCAAUUCAUACAGCGGGAAAGACACAAUCCACCAUAGCAGAUAUCGAUCGCAGAGGGUCCUGCCUGAUCUGCUUGUCCCUGCGAAUCGCCAGUCUUCUCGUGCGUUGUUCGAGUACGCCUUUCACUUUGCGAAUAGUUUAUAUUCGGAAUUGAACAGUGCGAAUGAAAAGAGGAGAUGCUUAUGGUCAAGAUCAUACUUGAAUACUCUCUGUGGAAGUAAUCCACGCUAUGGGGUCAGGUAGGUAGGAAUGAGCGACGAACUCAUGUGCUGGGUAGGUGUAUUAACCAUUUCGCUCUGGCUUUUCAUCUUUCUUGGUCUAUAUUCCUGGCUAUAUCUAUACAUUAUACAUAUAUUCCCAAAUCCAAAUAGCGAGAAAGAAAGAAAGUACAUCCAUCUGUUCUACAUAACUACCAUAUACUUACACGCAACAACCACCAAUCUACCAGAAAACCGCAACACAA